AUGGGACGCUCCGACGCUAAAGACAAUAGGCAUACUGCGACGUCGCUGCCUCCAAACGGAUCCAUAUCCGACAUCAAGAAAUCUCCUGGCAGCGACACAAAGAGCCCGGGCCUAGGUCACGGGCACACGGCAGCAGACCAUUCGUCCUCUCACGGAUCUGGUUCCGACUCCGAAUCUUCCGACAUCAUCAUAAACAGCCCAGGACACGGGCACGCAAUCCAGGAAGAGUCUUGCGAGACACAUGAACUUACGCUUCAUGCCGUGAUGGCAUUGGCUUCUGACGCCGCUGAGCCGACGAGUCGCGGCGAUUUCAUGUCCGUAAUGGUAACGACUAGCACGAAGGAUGACACGACAGAGGUCAUCACCAUUACGGAGUUGCCUGCCGACUCGGGGGGCGAGGCGGACCCCUCCAACGAAGAAGCAUACGCCGGACAAGAGGAGGAUAGCAUGAUACCACCUCCAUGGCAGCAGCAAGCGGAAAAGAUUGCAUAUCACCACAAAAUGCCUGGCUGGACUUACCACCACCCCUCACCAGCCUGGUGGGUUGACCAUUACGUUCAGGCGGGUUGGAGCUACUACGAUCCCUUUCCGAUUUGGUCUUACUACAAUCCCUAUCUGGACCAGAUCAGUUACUUCUAUCCCUCACCCCAUUUGUGUGUUCACAACCCUUCGCAGACGUGGUAUUACUACGAUCGGGCGAUGAUGGGCUGGAUUUACUGCGAUAAUGCGCUGGCUUGGAAAUAUAUGCAUCCUGAGCCGUAUGAGGUUCUUGGAAUGGGCCCGGAGCACCCGCCAGAUUGGACUUUUUACCGUGUCUUUGAGUGUCCGACUUUUGUUCUUUAG